AUGCAGAUAAUGCUAACUCACCGCGUCUUUCUUCAUCUUUUCUUUGCAUUUCAGCAUCCAAAUAUGAGGGGAAGCUAUCAACAACAAACUCAAAAUCAGCAACAUCCAAACUAUCCCCGAUAUCAGUGA